AUCUGAAAGCGAACCGCGACGACUGCGAUGCCGUGUACGAGGUCGCUAAGAUAAUGUACACGCUGGACGAGAAGCGGCGGAACGAAGCGAUCGCUCUGCUGACCGGUUCGGUUCAGAGCAAGAAAAUUCCGCUCGAAAAAGCGACCAAGAUAUUCCUGCUGCUCAAAGCUGGCUACUUUGGCCAGUGCGACGAACAGCUGGCUGCGUUCAAGAAGCUCUGCCAGCAGCGGUACCCACUGGCGGUGGUGUUUGCCGAUGGGACGGCCGCCCCCGUCACCACACUGACAACGACCCAAUCGUCCAAUGCGGAAAACACCCAGACGACGGUUACGGACAGUGGCAGCAACUGCUGCGUAAUGACCGCCAGCGAACAGCAGCCAACGCCCGGCAAGCAGCAGCCUGGCAGCAAGCCUUCGAAAAAGCAGAAAAAUGGACCGGAAAUUAAAGCGAACUAACAAUUAUUUCUACCCAGCAGCCAUCCAGAAUACUAUCAAAUGCCGACGCAGUGGUGAUGUGUGCGUGUGUAGCGGUUCGGUAUCCGCUCCGCGCUGUGUCCGCUCGUCAUAUUGUCGCGGAAGAAUGCGAUGAUUGGGUGAAACGACGCUCUGAUCAUUUACAUCAUUUUUGUCCUUCAUCCAUGGUUCCCGAAACCUUAGCCACCCCCCUUCAGGGUCGUCCCCCACACACGGUGAACAGUGCUUUGAACAGUAGGACCAUUGGCUUGGGGUCGGAGUAGGGGAGAGUGAGACACCAAACUACUCAGCACCAUCCACAAUCCUCAAAAUGCAAUAGAGAGAUGCUUGUGGGCAAUUUUACUUUCUUCGCCGUACCGCGCAUAUUGUGUCCUUCUUUCGUUUGAUUGUGAAAAUGAAACUAAAA